UUUUCUCAUUUACGGCUUUCAUAUUCCCCAAACCCACUUUUUGCCCCCUUCUUUCAUAUUCUUUGCGAUCGAGAUCUGUGCUUUUUCUCUCUUUUUGUGAUUUCCCAGUUGCCUACUGACAAAAAGAUGAAGCCUUGAAGAUGUUGCAUAUGUAUGGUGAGUAAAUGUUCGAUUUAUUUCUGCUGAUCCACGUUCACUCUCGGAUUUGGCUUCGCAAAAGGAAGAAGAGAAAACCAACAGAAACCUUUCUUAUUCUGGUCUUUUGCCUUCAUUUUCCCUUUCCUUUCCGCCUGUAAUUCCUAACUUUGUACAGUCCAAAAUCCAAAUACUAAAAAAAUUAAAACCCUUUUUUUUAGCCUCUUUGAUCUCUUCUUCUUUUUCUUUUGUUCAAACCUUUUUGAUUUUUUUCUUCACUCUCAUACUAAUUUUUAGCUUUAAUUUUAUAGAAAACCCAAAUAGCUGGAGUUUUAUUUUACUUGAGCUCGGUUGGUUUACAACUUUACAUCGAAUUUUGGAUUGGAUUUUGAUUAAUUUUGGUGGAAGGAUAACAAAAAAAAAAGGAGAUUUGAGUUGUUUGCACUGAACAGUUUACAAAGUGGCGAAAAUGAGUUUAAGUGCGGCCGAGGAUGAUUCGGGGUCAGAUAUUCAUUUACCGGCAGAUAUAGAUUGGCAUAUGCUUGAUAAAUCCAAGUUCUUUUUCCUUGGUGCCGGUUUAUUUUCUGGUGUAUCAUUUGCUCUUUACCCUGUAGUAGUUUUGAAAACUAGGCAACAAGUGUCAUCCACACAAAUUUCUUGCUCCAAGAUGUCUCUUUCCAUCAUGAGAUAUGAAGGAUUGAGGGGAUUCUACAGGGGUUUUGGCACCUCCUUGAUGGGGACAAUCCCAGCUCGAGCACUUUACAUGGGAGCCCUUGAGGUUACCAAGAGCAGUGUUGGCACUGCAACUGUUCGUUUAGGAUUCUCAGAUACUACAGCCACUGCUAUAGCUAGUGCUGCUGCCGGGUUAAAUUCAGCUAUGGCUGCACAACUUGUUUGGACCCCAAUCGAUGUUGUGAGCCAAAGACUUAUGAUUCAAGGUAGCAACAGUUGCAAAAAUCCAAUUUCAACUUGUAGAUAUAAGAAUGGUUUUGAUGCGUUUAGGAAGAUUCUGUAUGCAGAUGGCCCUAGAGGGUUGUAUAGGGGAUUUGGGAUCUCGAUACUGACAUACGGACCGUCAAAUGCGGUUUGGUGGACAUCGUACUCUGUUGCUCACAAGCUCAUUUGGGGUGGUCUUGGUUGCUCUAUUGGUAAAAAAGAUGAGAAUGGUUUGAUUGGAGGACCUGGUUUCAAGCCUGAUUCCAAGGCCUUGAUAGCUGUCCAAGGUUUAAGUGCAGCCAUGGCUAGUGGUGUUUCAGCUCUAAUCACCAUGCCACUCGACACGAUCAAAACCAGAUUACAGGUUCUAGACGGAGAAGAGAAUGGCAUAAGACGACCAAUGACGGUUUUGCAGACUGUAAAGAACUUGGUUAAAGAAGGCGGAUUAGCAGCCUGUUAUAGGGGACUGGGACCAAGGUGGGCGUCAAUGUCCAUGUCCGCAACAACCAUGAUCACUACCUAUGAGUUCUUGAAACGGUUAUCAACUAAGAGCCAAGAGAGCUUGACAUCAUAUAAGGCGGGCUGAAGG